CGCCGCCGCCGCCGCCACCACCGCCGCCGCCGCCACCGCCACCGCCGUCGCCGCCGCCGCCGCCGCCGGGCUGGGACCGCUGUGCGCCCGCGGCGUGAGGCGUGGGAGGGAGCGCCGCCCGUCCGUUCGCGGCGCAGCCUCGCAGUGGUCUGCCCUCGCCUCCAGGCAGCCAGCGCGGUCCGAGUUCUCGGAGGACUAUGGAAAGAGGAAAGAGAAGUUAGGGGCAUUUCCUUUAAACCGAUGUUGGAUUUCUUCACAGAGUUACCGUGGCCUUCGGAACUAUUGCGGAAGCAGAAGAUUCUGUAACUGAGAGGCAUUCUUCAAGCUGCUGGAAAAUAUUACAGAAGGAGCACCUCCCAAAUUUUGCUUCAAUUUCUGAGAAAAGGAGCACACAGGGGAAACUUAGUGUGGCUGUGGAUCGAAGCGAACGCUGUGGGAGCGAUGAACGGGGACUUGGUGCGCGGACGCCUGGUCUGAUCUUGAGAGACCUGAGUUUAUGUUGCUGGAACUGGCGGGCCAAGGGGCCCUGAGACCAGCAGGUGCCGUCUGUAUGGAGAAGAGCGGCUGUAGUCCAUUUCCAAUGUGUUGGGCUAAAGAGUAUGACAGAUACAUAGCAUCUAGCAAAAUAAUGGCAGCUGCUUACCUUGACCCAAACUUGAAUCACACACCGAAUUCGAGUACCAAGCCUCACCUGGGUACUGGAGUGGAACGUUCCCCUGGGGCAAUGGAGCGAGUGUUGAAGGUCUUUCAUUAUUUUGAAAACAGCAGUGAGCCAGCCACUUGGGCCAGUAUUAUCAGGCAUGGAGAUGCUACUGAUGUCAGGGGCAUCAUUCAGAAGAUAGUGGACAGUCACAAAGUAAAGCACGUGGCCUGCUAUGGAUUUCGCCUCAGUCACCUGCGGUCAGAGGAGGUUCACUGGCUCCAUUUGGAUAUGGGUGUCUCCAAUGUGAGGGAGAAGUAUGAACUUGCACACCCACCAGAGGAGUGGAAAUAUGAAUUGAGAAUUCGUUAUUUGCCAAAAGGAUUUCUAAACCAGUUUACUGAGGACAAGCCAACUCUGAAUUUCUUCUAUCAACAGGUGAAGAGCGACUACAUGUCUGAGAUAGCUGACCGCGUGGACCAGGACAUUGCUUUGAAGCUGGGCUGUCUAGAGAUACGGCGCUCGUACUGGGAGAUGCGAGGCAACGCGCUAGAGAAGAAGUCCAACUAUGAAGUGCUGGAAAAAGAUGUUGGUUUGAAGCGAUUUUUUCCUAGGAGUUUACUGGAUUCUGUCAAGGCCAAAACACUAAGAAAGCUGAUCCAACAGACAUUUAGACAGUUUGCCAAUCUUAACAGAGAAGAAAGUAUUCUGAAGUUCUUUGAGAUCCUCUCCCCAGUGUACAGAUUUGAUAAAGAAUGCUUCAAGUGUGCUCUGGGUUCAAGCUGGAUUAUUUCGGUAGAACUGGCAAUUGGCCCAGAAGAAGGAAUCAGUUACCUCACGGACAAGGGGUGCAACCCCACACAUCUGGCCGACUUCAAUCAAGUGCAGACCAUUCAGUAUUCAAACAGCGAAGACAAGGACAGGAAAGGGAUGCUACAGCUGAAAAUUGCCGGCGCCCCAGAGCCUCUGACAGUGACAGCACCAUCCCUGACCAUCGCUGAGAAUAUGGCUGACUUGAUAGAUGGGUACUGCCGGCUGGUGAACGGGGCCACACAGUCUUUUAUCAUCAGACCCCAGAAAGAAGGUGAACGGGCUUUGCCAUCAAUACCAAAGCUGGCCAACAGCGAGAAGCAAGGCAUGCGGACACACGCGGUCUCCGUAUCAGGAGUCAGUCCCUGCCAACAUAAAGUUAAGAAAGCUAGGCGCUUUCUCCCUUUGGUCUUCUGUUCCCAUGAGCCUUCUCCUACGGAUGAAAUUAGUGGGGACGAAACAGAUGAUUAUGCUGAGAUUAUAGACGAAGAAGAUACCUACACCAUGCCCUCAAAAAGCUAUGGAAUAGAUGAAGCCAGGGAUUAUGAGAUUCAGAGAGAAAGAAUCGAGCUUGGACGGUGCAUUGGGGAAGGCCAGUUUGGAGACGUCCAUCAAGGCGUCUAUAUGAGCCCAGAGAAUCCAGCUUUGGCGGUUGCAAUUAAAACAUGUAAAAACUGUACUUCGGACAGCGUGAGAGAGAAAUUCCUUCAAGAAGCCUUAACGAUGCGCCAGUUUGACCACCCUCACAUUGUGAAACUGAUUGGUGUCAUCACGGAGAACCCUGUCUGGAUAAUCAUGGAGCUGUGCACGCUUGGAGAGCUGAGGUCAUUUCUGCAAGUAAGGAAGUACAGUUUGGAUCUGGCGUCUUUGAUCCUAUAUGCCUAUCAGCUUAGUACAGCCCUCGCGUAUCUGGAGAGCAAAAGAUUUGUGCACAGGGACAUUGCUGCUCGGAAUGUUCUGGUAUCCUCAAAUGAUUGUGUAAAACUAGGAGACUUUGGAUUAUCCCGAUAUAUGGAAGACAGUACUUACUACAAAGCUUCCAAAGGAAAAUUGCCAAUUAAGUGGAUGGCUCCAGAGUCCAUCAAUUUUCGACGUUUUACCUCAGCUAGUGAUGUAUGGAUGUUUGGUGUAUGUAUGUGGGAGAUACUGAUGCAUGGUGUGAAGCCUUUUCAAGGAGUGAAGAACAAUGAUGUGAUCGGUCGAAUUGAGAAUGGGGAGAGAUUACCAAUGCCUCCAAAUUGCCCUCCUACCCUCUACAGCCUUAUGACGAAAUGCUGGGCCUAUGACCCCAGCAGGCGGCCCCGGUUCACUGAGCUCAAAGCUCAGCUCAGCACAAUCCUGGAGGAGGAGAAGGUUCAGCAAGAAGAACGGAUGAGGAUGGAGUCCAGAAGACAGGUCACAGUGUCCUGGGACUCCGGAGGGUCCGACGAAGCGCCACCCAAGCCCAGCAGACCCGGUUACCCGAGUCCAAGGUCCAGUGAAGGAUUUUAUCCCAGCCCACAGCACAUGGUACAAACCAAUCAUUACCAGGUCUCUGCCUAUCCUGGUUCACAUGGGAUCACGGCCAUGGCUGGCAGCAUCUACCCGGGUCAGGCAUCUCUUUUGGACCAGACGGAUUCCUGGAAUCCUAGACCGCAGGAGAUAUCAAUGUGGCAGCCCAACGUGGAGGACUCUGCUGCACUGGACCUGCGUGGGAUCGGACAGGUGUUGCCGACCCACCUGAUGGAAGAGCGGCUGAUCCGGCAGCAGCAGGAGAUGGAAGAAGAUCAGCGCUGGCUAGAAAAAGAGGAGAGAUUCCUGAAACCUGACGUGCGGCUCUCUCGAGGCAGUAUCGACAGGGAGGAUGGAAGUCUCCAGGGUCCGACUGGAAACCAACACAUAUAUCAGCCUGUGGGGAAACCAGAUCCUGCGGCUCCGCCAAAGAAACCGCCACGGCCUGGGGCCCCCGGUCACCUGGGCAGCCUCGCCAGCCUCAGCAGCCCCGGGGACAGUUACAACGAGGGCGUCAAGCCAUGGAGGCUUCAGCCCCAGGAAAUCAGCCCCCCACCCACUGCCAACCUGGACCGGUCCAACGACAGGGUGUACGAGAAUGUGACGGGCCUGGUGAAGGCUGUCAUCGAGAUGUCCAGCAAGAUCCAGCCUGCCCCGCCAGAGGAGUACGUUCCCAUGGUGAAGGAAGUCGGCCUGGCCCUGCGGACGUUACUGGCCACUGUGGACGAGACCCUCCCAGUCCUGCCAGCCAGCACUCACCGAGAGAUUGAGAUGGCCCAGAAGCUGUUGAACUCCGACCUGGGUGAGCUCAUCAACAAGAUGAAACUGGCCCAGCAGUACGUCAUGACCAGUCUCCAGCAGGAGUACAAAAAGCAAAUGCUGACCGCGGCUCACGCCCUGGCCGUGGACGCCAAAAACUUACUCGAUGUCAUUGACCAAGCGAGACUGCGGAUGCUCGGACCGACGAGGCCACACUGAGGGGCGCUGUCUGAGGACGUUCUCCCGUGUUCCACCAGCAGUGAGGGGCUCCGCGGUCCUCGGCCGCCGGCACUCACCGUGCCAACGGUUCUGACUGACAGCUGGUUGAAAAUCUCUUUCAUAUAAGUUUAACCACAUUUGAUUUGAGUUCGUUUUUUUGUUUCAUUUUUUUUUUUUUUUUUAAUCAUAGUGUUCAGAAAAGUCCAGGAUCCAAAAUGGGGCAUUUUUCUGAGAAUGAAAAUUGUUCGUGAGAAGCUUUUAAGAAUCCUGAAGAACAGAUCAUGUUCAAGUUAGGGUGUGUUUCCGUGGAAAUGGCCAAGGCGGUGGCGUGCGGAUCCUGAACCAGCUUGGCUGCAUGUUGGGAGACAGGGAGACGAGGCGGAGAAUUCCGGGAAACCCGAGGGGCUGAGAAUUCUUUGGCGUGCCGCAGAGCCAUGGCCCAGACUGGAGUCUCUGUUGUGAGAACACUCCUGAGUUGUAAUACGCUAACACCACUUUAAGAGAAAGAAUAUCAGAGCUAUAUUUUGAAGACUUGAGUCCUUUCAGAAAAACACAGCAACCCUUUUGUCCUUCCUGCCUUUUACUCUCCUGUCGGACAUGUGAGGAUCUGGUUGGAAGCUAGCUAUAGAACACACUAAAACUUUGUCUUUUUUCACCAGAAUAAUGUGCCAGUUUUUUGUAGCAAUGUUAUUUCUCUUGGAAGCAGAAAUGCUUUGUACCAGAGCGCCUCCAAACUGCAUUGAGAAGAGGUUCUGGAACCAUCCCUGUUUUCCAGUUUUAUAUAAUUUAUAAAGAAAGAUUAAAGCCAUGUUGACUAUCCUGCAGCCACUGGAGCUAACUAACCCUUUGUUGUGUCUGUCUUCCCAGGAGAGAACUAAGCAAAGCAGAGAGAUGGGGUUUUCUUUUUGAUGUCCAGUUACACCAUCCAUUCUGUUAAAUAAUUUUGAAAAAUAUACCCUCCCUUUAGUUUGUCGGGGGAUAUAAAUUAUUCUCAGGAAGAAUAUAAUGAACUGUACAGUUACUUUGACCUAUUAAAAAGGUGUUACCAGUAAA